ACCGUUUUGACGAAGGGAAGUGGCGUUUCUAAGGGGGUGGGGCCUUGACUCGACCGGAAGUAGCGUCGGCGCGGGAGCUGAGCGGAGUGGCCUUACCACCGGAGGGGAAGGGUUGCUGGCGUUAGGCCUAGCUGAGUCGUGCGGCUGAGCGUGAGGCUAGAAAGAAAAAGCGAUCCUCCAAGGGUGAGAACGGGAGAUCUGCUGAGGAUAACAACCUCCCUUGUGGCCGAAGGGCGGGGAAUCCCCACACGAGGGCUCCGUUUCGAGAGACUGCGACAAAGGAAAGUUCGUAGCGCGUUCCGGAGGCCCGGCCACCUCUGAGAAGGGAGACGCUGCUGGGUCCGCUGAGCGGGGCGACCCGAGGUUAGUGGAGACGGAUGCGGUCUUUUGAAGACCUUAGCCCCUGCCCUGGGGAAGCCGACUGCGAGGUUCCGCAGGGCGUGCAGGCAGCCCGGGGAUCGCUGCGAAGGGGGAUGGCGGGCUAACUUAGCUGCUGCCGUUUCUAGAUGUGCAGCUGUGGGGCACCUGUUUACAAGUGUGCAUAAGGACAGUGUAUUAAGGGAGAACUCAAGAGAAUGGAAAGGUCUUUCGGGUAGUGGUUAAAAUAAAGAAGAGUAGGAACUAGGUUUUUAAAUUUUAAAUGAAAUUAGACAGAACUUCUGUUGGAUCUCAGGAUGCACCAUCCAAAAAUAGGACUGUAGGAGACCAAAAUAUGCCACCCUACAAUAUACUUCUAGGGUAUAUUUUGAGCUGGUAUUCUGAUAAAAUGCAGACAGGAGUCGCUCUGAAAAUCUGUCCUGUUGUGAAAGAAAUUUACAUCUACAGAGGAAUUAUACAUCAGUAAAGGAUCUGUAUCAGGAAGAGGGCAGCUCUGCGAUGAUUUUUGUUACCUGGGAGAUCGUAUCUGCAUACCAAGACAACUUUUAUUCACCAUAUAUUUCCUCCCCUCACUUUUCCACAACUUUGUGGCCACCAUCCCCCAGAAAGCCGCAAGCCCCCAUUUCUUGAGUAGCGUAGGCAUGAUGCUGUAUAAUCUUCAAUCAUCUGACCAUGGUGGGACUCCUCUGCGUAUGUAAUUAAGUACGGGGUUUUUUUCUUGUUAAUGUCUGUGUCAGGCUAAUUUGUAACCCAGCCAGAGAACCUAGGAGGAUGGAGAGAAGCCGUUUUUCCCUCUCCUACACCUCAGUAACCUACUGCCAGCUGAAGAAAUAGAACAUUACUAAAGCCACCUGUACAUGUUUCUCCUUUUGAAUUACCUGCCCUCUAAAGAAGCAAUGGAUUUUCUGAAUUUACUGUUAACUUUUACCAUGCAGAUUUUUAUAUAUUAAUGACAUAUUUUAAUAUAUUAAUGACAUGAAUAAAUCCCUGAAUGAGGAUAUUGUACUAUUUUGCAUGUUUUAACCAUUAAAUGAAUAAUUACAUGUGCAUCUGGCUUUUUUCAAUCAAUAUUGCUGUGGUUCAUAUUGAUAUGUUAAUAAUAGUAACUUGCACUUAAUUAACCUUUAUUAUGUGCCAGACACCAUUCUAAGCACUUUACUUCGUUUACUGCUUACAAACCCUGUAGGAUAACUUUGAUCUUCUUUUAUACGGCACAAACAGGUUUCUAUAGUACUCCAUUGUAUUAAUAUGCCAUACCUUAUCCAUUCUCCUGCUUAAUUCCUCAAACUUUGUAGAUAUUCAACUGCUAGUUAAGAUAAGAAUGUGGUAACAUUUGUGUUGCCCAUAAUUUUGCUUUGUGACGUUUCUAAUAUUUGUUUUUAUUUUUAUUUUGAGACAGAGUCUUGCUCUGUCGCCCAGGCUGGAGGGCAAUGGCGCGAUCUCGGCUCACUGCAACCUCUGCCUCCCGGGUUCAAGCGAUUCUCCCGCCUCAGUCUCCCAAGUAGCUAGCUGGGUUACAGGCAUGCACCACCACGCCUUGCUAAUCUUUUGUAUUUUUAAUAGAGGCGGGGUUUCACCAUGUUAGCCAGGCUGGUCUUGAACUCCUGACCUCAGGCGAUCUACCCGCCUUUUCCUCCCAAAGUGUUGGGAUUACAGGCGUGAGCCACCGCGCCUGGCUAGUAUUUCUUUACUAUAUUCUAUUUGUCACCAACAGAGACAUCACACCAUUUUGUCAGUUACACAAGAAUGAGACAUCUGGCCGCCAGAGGUCAGCCUAACUAUAUUUUGGUUAGGUUUUUUUUUUUUUUUAAUGGUUAAAGCCAUGGGGGUAGGGGUUCGGUAUUUUUUGAUAUUAUAAUCUGAAAAUAUUUUUAAAAGGUGCUAGAUUAAAUUUAAACAACAUAGUAUACUGCCUUAAAGCUUACAUUUUUCCUGACUUUUGUACUAUGAAACAGAACAAAAACAAUUAUGGGAAAGUAAGAGCCUUUUUAAAAAUUUUCUGAGUAACAUAAUAACUGAAGUAUAGCCAAUUAGUAAUCUCACAGGUGCAAUCUGGUUGAAGUGAAAAUAGUAAAAAUAUUAGAGGACAGCACAAUUAAAAGCCAACAGCUUCUCCUGUCUCAGUUUAUAAAGACUUAUGGGUCCACGACAAAGAAUGAAUGCUCUUUUUCAGAUUGAACAAGCUUAUAUAGAAGUGGUUAUAGGAUCACAACUUCUGAGGUCCCAGCAAGAGUCCUAACAUCUAGCAGCUCUACCACCAGGACAGGCCCCCUAAAACUAAUUCCAACAAGCACCUCUGAAGGUAAAAAAAAAAAAAAAAAAAAAAAAAUACCUUUUAUAGCUGUCUAUUUGGAGUUUGGGGCAUAAGGGAUCAGCUUUUGCAAAAGUGAUUUUCUGGGCUAAAACUGCAUACAAACUGGCCCAGUUAUGUGCCAACAAAGAAUAAAAUGGCCCCAGACUUUCCUUCCCAAUACUGUGAUUGUAAGAGGUAUUACCAACAGGUAAAUUGGCCUAAGCCUGUGAGAUAGAGAGGGAAGAGUCUGUAAGACUUCUUGCUCAGCAUUUGUUCUGAUUUUAGAUAUCCUGAAGUUAAGUAGGCAAUAAUGUUAUCCAGUGCUUUCAGGCUUUAAUAUCAUGUCUCUAGUCUUCUCAUUCACAGGUUAAGGCUACCUUUCCAGAUAGUCCAACAGCUAAAUCACCAGUUUCCAAGGGCAUUUGCAUCACCUAUGGAAAGCAUCGGAUCCUUACACACCAGAUGUUCUUGACAGCUCAUCCCAUCAUUCCCCCCUGCACAAAAGUUGCUAUACCAGCGGACAACCAAGACAACUACUGAGCUGCUUUUCAUUGUCAAGUAGAUAUAAUAUCACUGCCAGCAAAACAGCACAAAAAGUGUCUCUUCACAGUAGCACUACCAAUUGGGACUAUGCUAAGUAAAUCAGCUUGCCUAGAUGAGGACCCCUUCUAUUCUUGGGUAGCCAGGAUUUGAAGGAGAUACUCUGACCUGUGCCACUGGUAAGUGACUAAUACUUUUACACACUGAACUGGUCCUGGAAACUGAGAUGUCUUCUUUGUAAGUGAAGAAUAUACAACAUAAUCUUGAAGAACGGCACAGUGGUGUGGGCCGCAAGCAUACUUUAUGUGUGUAAUGGACUGAAAGACAAAUUAAUCUUGGCGAAAGGAUUUUUCAUCUCAUUUCUAUUUGCCAGUGUUAGUCAGUGUUCUGCUGGCUUAGAUUAUUACCUUUUUCUGGUUCCUUACUCUGUUUUAUUCUGAUGGGUCCUAGAAAUCCCUCUCCUGACCACUUGUCAGAAUCAGAAAGUGAGGAAGAAGAAAACAUUAGCUACCUAAAUGCAAGUUCUGGGGAAGAGUGGGAUUCCUCUGAAGAAGAGGACUCUAUGGUACCCAACUUAUCGCCUCUUGAGAGUCUUGCCUGGCAGGUUAAGUGCCUUUUAAAAUAUUCCACAACUUGGAAACCUUUAAAUCCUAAUUCCUGGUUGUAUCAUGCUAAACUCUUGGAUCCAAGCACACCAGUCCAUAUACUUCGAGAGAUAGGUCUAAGACUCUCCCAUUGUUCCCAUUGUGUCCCCAAACUGGAACCAAUUCCUGAAUGGCCCCCUCUGGCCUCUUGUGGAGUCCCACCUUUUCAAAAGCCUCUUACAAGUCCCAGCCGGCUCUCUAGAGAUCAUGCCACUCUAAAUGGAGCACUGCAAUUUGCCACCAAACAGCUAAGCCGAACGUUGAGUAGAGCCACUCCCAUACCUGAAUACCUAAAACAGAUCCCUAAUUCAUGUGUUUCUGGGUGUUGCUGUGGCUGGCUGACUAAAACAGUUAAGGAAACAACUCGUACUGAACCCAUCAACACUACUUAUUCUUACACUGACUUCCAAAAGGCAGUUAACAAACUCCUAACUGCAUCACUGUAAAGAUCUACCAUUUGCUCUGAUAUCUCUGAUGUUGCUAAUUGAGAAAGGGGUACAAAAUUAGUCAUUACACAACCCACUAAUGCCUUCUCAGUCAAACUCUCUUAUGCCCUGGCAAGCCAAUGAGGCUACCCUUUGACAAACCCUGUGGAUAAAAUGCUAAUAUCAAGGCCAGGCAUGGUGGCUCACCCCUGUAAUCCCACCACUUUGGGAGGCUGAGGCAGAUGGAUCUCCUGAGGUCAGAAGUUUGAGACCAGCCUUGCCAACAGUGAAACUCCGUCUCUACUAAAAAUAAAAAAAAUUAGCCAGGUGCAGCAGUGCACACCUGUAAUCCCAGCUACUUGGGAGGCUGAAACAGGAGAAUCACUUGAACCCAGGAGGCAGAGGUUGCGGGGAAUCAAGAUUGUGCCACUGUACUCCAGCCUGGGUAACAGAGCGAGACUCAGUCUUAAAAAAAAAAAAUGGAGAAUUAGUUAAGGGGACCAUAUUACAAAAGAUAGUUGAAUAUUCUCCACACUCACUUCUCACCCUCCCCACCCCAAUUUACUCUGCCUUUCUGAAUGGCUUUAAUGAGAUAUCUGGUUAUUAAUGAAGAAAAGUAGACCACCACCCCUUUUGUGAUCCAGCCAUUGUUGAAAGCAAGAAGUUAGCUACCCACAAUAAUACCUUUCUGAGCAUACUAUUCUCUAACAUGCAUUUCUAUGGAGGUAGUUGAAUUAAAUUGAGUAACUACACAAAGGAAAAUGGCAGGGAUAUGAAUUUCCUUCCCAGCUUUUGUAUAGAUGUGCCUGCAUAUGACACUCUUCAGGGUUCCUUUUAUUUUUUUCUUUUUUUUGGGGGGGUGGGGGCAGGGAGGAGUGCAAUUUUAAGCCUAGCCUAUACUACAACAAACUUAUUAUGGUACUUAAAAUUACAGCAUGAAUGUUCUAUAUCAAAGUCGCCCACCAGGCUGUCUCUGGCUAAAUCAGCCUAUAAGAUCAUCCCUUGGGAUUAAACAAACACCUGUUCUGUAGGGAAUGUGUUUCCUGAAUCUUGGUACUCGGGCUUUUGUCAAGAGUAAAUAAAACACGUUUCAAAAGAUGAAUGGAAAAAUGAUUAAGAGGGCAUUUCUGCUUUCAGUAUUAACUGCUAAUGGAUUAAAAUUUUAAUCUGUAUAGCAUUUCCUGGAGUAAAAGUUCAAGUACUUUCCACAUCCAUUGCAAACUUUUCAGGAACCCUUCUAAUUUUAAAGAAACUUCUUAUUAGAAAAUCUCAGCCUAAUACAAUCUGAAGUUAAGAGUUUUAGCAGCAUUGUUUUUCUAAGUAGAUUUAGCUAUAGAUUUUCUUCUGACCAAACAAGGAAGAGUAUAUGCCCUUGUAAAUGAGUCUUGUUUAUUUAAAUGAGUCAAAACAUAGAAAUCAGUAUACAUAAAAUAAAAUGCAUGAGACUAUUAAAUCUUUUCAUAUACUCUACAAAUAAAAUUAAAUCUGUGUGUGGUCCUGGUUGACUGGGCAUCUAAAGGGAAUCAGAAAAGAGAUUGUGAAAAGUAUAUAUAUAUAUCCUCUUCAUUAUUUUAGUUUUGCUUUUUCCUAUUUUCCAUAAUUAAGUGCUGUUUACAAAGUGGCAUCAAAAAAUUGAAGCAGGCCAGGCACGGUGGCUCACGCCUGUAAUCCCAAGAGUUUGGGAGGCUGAGGCAGGUGGAUCACUUGAGAUCAGGAGUUCGUGACCAGCCUGGCCAACAUGGUGAAAGCCCGUCUCUACUAAAAAUACAAAAAUUAGCCGGGCGUGGUGGCAUGCGCCUGUAAUUGCAGCUACUUGGGAGGCUGAGACAGGAGAAUUGCUUGAACCUGGGAGGUGGAGAUUGCAGUGAGCCGAGAUCACGCCACUGCACUCCAGCCUGGGCAAGAGCGAGACACCGUCUCAAAAAAAAAAAAAAAAAAGGCAGUUAAAAAUCACAAAUUGUGUAAAUAUAUAGCAACUUUAAGAAGAGAGAAGAAUGCUUAUAACCUAGUGAAUAUUUCUGCUGAGACUUAGUUGUCUUGUCUAAAGGAAAAAAAGAGGGAAUUGUAGAAUAGAGGUAUUUGUUAGUGGAACUUAUUGACCUGAAACCGUAUCAUAUUGUUAGUGUAACUGAAUGUAUCAGAAAUUGUUCCUAUGUAGAUAUUCUGUGAAACUGGUUUCUAAAAUGUUACAGGAAACUGUUUGCUUUUUUUCUUUGUUUGUUUAAGUGGAGGUGGGAGGAGUAGGGAAGAGGUCUGCAUAUUAAAAUAUGUUGAUGUUUAUGUGUUCAUAAUAUGUUCCUUUUUCUCUCUGUGUGUGUAUAAAAGUGCCUUGCUCAUGAAUGCAUUUUUGCUAUUCACUUCGAAAGGAAGCCUUUCCCCAGCUUGGCAGCUGAAUAAACCAGUAGCUUUGUACAUACUGAA